UCAUUCUGGAGAGGAAGAUUAAGGAUCGUAAAAUCGUUCUUAAAAUCCAGAGAUUUGUCAAGAUUUCUCCUGUCAGUUGGCUUUUUUCGUUUUCAUUUUUCUGUUUCUCGUUUGGGUUUCAUUUUCCUUAUCCUCUCCUUCAUUCCCCCAUCGCAACUUUCAGCUUCAAUCACCUGAAAGUUUCUUCCUUUACGCCUUCAAAUCCUGCAUUCGUUGCAUCUUUUGGUGGAGUUAUAAUCAGAAUAGAUUGGGCAUUUUGGGGGAUCACCUUCGUGUUUCCCUGGCCCACGAAAUAUUCCCAUUGCAAUGUUCGAGUAUUCCUCGGAAACAUCAAAAUGUGCGGGAAAGACUAUUUAAAACACGUAACAGGUGAGUAGCGUGACAUGGGAAACAACUGUGUCUGUUUUGGAUCGAGAACUUCAAAGGACAAAGAAGUUCCUAAGGAUUCGAAUUCAAGUGGGUGUUGUACUCUAUUCUCAAAUUUUAUACUUUGCAAUGACCGCAAAGCAAAUGAGAAUGCAGCACCAAGUAACAAUGAGCCAAAUGCCUCAAACACGGUCGUUGACAAGCCCCCAGAGGUAGUCAAAAUCGCAAAGGACGAGCCAAAAUCAGUACUUGACAACGCCACCAAAAAGGACCAAGUCCCAGACUCCAAAAAAUCUUCAGAACCCAUAAGGCAUGUGGAGGAGUCGAGGGUGGCAGCACCAUCAACUACAGGAACAACACGGAAAGCAGAAUCUUCGGGACCAAAGAAGCCGUACAAUGUGAAGAGGCAAGCAGCGGCGGGGCUUAAAGCAGAGUCCGUGUUGCAGACGAAAACAGGGAAUCUGAAGGAGUUCUACACUUUGGGGAGGAAGCUUGGGAAUGGGCAAUUCGGGACUACAUUCCAUUGUGUGGAAAAGGACACGGGGAAAGAGUAUGCCUGCAAGUCAAUAGCCAAGAGGAAAUUGAUCACAGAGGAAGAUGUGGAGGAUGUGAGGAGGGAGAUUCGGAUAAUGCAUCACUUGGCAGGGUGUCCUGAUGUGAUUUCCAUAAAAGGGGCUUAUGAGGAUGCCGUGGCUGUUCAUGUUGUGAUGGAGCUUUGUGCAGGUGGUGAAUUGUUUGAUAGGAUUGUGCAGAGAGGGCAUUACACUGAGAGAAAAGCAGCUCAAAUAGCCAGGACUGUAGUCGGUGUCAUUGAAGCUUGUCACUCCCUUGGAGUAAUGCACCGUGAUCUUAAGCCCGAGAACUUUCUAUUCGUUAAUGAGCAGGAGGAUUCUCCCCUUAAGGCUAUCGAUUUUGGCUUGUCUGCUUUCUUCAAACCAGGGGAUAUAUUUAAUGACGUGGUCGGAAGCCCAUACUACGUUGCGCCAGAAGUCCUGAAGAAGCGCUAUGGUCCAGAAGCUGAUGUGUGGAGUGCUGGUGUGAUCAUAUUCAUUCUGUUAAGCGGGGUGCCUCCGUUUUGGGCUGAAACGGAGCAAGAGAUAUUUAAGGAGGUAUUGCACGGUGAACUUGAUUUCAAGUCAGAACCCUGGCCUAGUAUUUCUGAAUGUGCAAAGGACUUGGUCAGGAAGAUGCUAAAUAGAGAUCCUAGCAAGAGAUUAACAGCCCAUGAAGUUCUUUGUCAUCCUUGGAUUCGAGUCGAUGGAUCAGCUCCUGAUAAGCCUCUUGACCCUGCAGUUCUGACUCGCCUGAAGCAGUUUUCUGCAAUGGACAAGCUCAAAAAAAUGGCUCUUAGAGUUAUUGCACAGAACCUGUCCGAAGAAGAAAUUGCAGGGUUGAAAGAAAUGUUUAAGAUGAUAGACACGGACAAUAGUGGCCAGAUUACUUUUGAAGAACUCAAGGCUGGAUUGAAAGCCUUUGGAGCUAACAUUGAUGAAACCGAGAUUCACAAUCUAAUGCAAGCAGCAGACGUUGACAACAGUGGCACAAUAGACUACGCGGAAUUUAUAGCAGCAACCUUGAAUAAAAACAAAGCUCAGAAAGAAGAUAACUUGGUCGCUGCUUUCCAUUAUUUUGACAAAGACGGAAGCGGCUACAUCACUCAAGACGAGCUUCAACAAGUCUGUGAAGAACUCGGUCUGGAAAAUGAUCGCUUGGAGGAGAUGAUGCGUGAGGCUGAUCAAGAUAAUGAUGGCCGAAUAGACUACGAUGAAUUUGUGGCGAUGAUGCAGAGAGGCAAUGCAGAUAUGGGCCGGAAGGGUGUAAGGGGGAAAAACAGUAUUAGCAUCGCAGGCAGAGAGCCAUUAUCAGUAUGUUAAGACAUUCAGAGAACAACACUCUUCUUUUUCUUUUCUUUUCUUUUCACGGGGCUUUGCCCUUGAAUGUAGAUUAUGAAAGGAAAGACAAUUCUUUUACUA